UUGGCGCUGGAGCAGAGUUUAUAGAAAUUUGAAGGGAAAGCUGAAUUUCACCAUCGCGACAUUUCGGUGUCACCAUGAAGACCUCAGUAGCAGCCAUCUUUGCUAUCACCAUGGUGCUGAGCGUGCAAGCGGGUUACCUGUCCUGCGGGAAGGGCGAGGUGUGUCCUGAGGGUCAUUGUUGCAUGAUCGGCGGCGGCAGGUACGGUUUGCCCAUCUGCUCCCUGAAGGGUGUGAGUGGUGGCUCCUGCCGUCCGAACAACCAACCAGAGGACUUUUGGCUGUCCGCCGAUCCGGGCGAUAAGGGUUCCCUGUACACGGGCGUCUACAGGUACGUCUGUCCCUGCCUGAACGGACUACAGUGCGCCGAUGGAACCUGUACCUACUAGCUGGCGUC